UGAAAUUUCUCGGUUGAACGUCCGGGUCGCUGGUUAGAGAACAGUCACUGCCAUUACCUGCUCCCCGCAGCUGUACGAGGGAAAAAAAAGGCCAAACAAAAUGCAAACAUCUCUUGUAAAUAUCGCUUUAUUCUCGUCGCUGCAGGUUUUGUUGUCGUUGACGUGUUUUCAGGAUGUCGUCGAGGCAGCCAGCUCCAGAGGGUUCGGAGAGAACAUCCACUGGAGGACGCUGGACGACGGCAAGAAAGAAGCUGAGGCCAGCGGGCUGCCGCUCAUGGUCAUCAUCCACAAGAGCUGGUGUGGAGCCUGCAAAGCACUGAAGCCCAAGUUUGCUGAGUCCAAGGAAAUCUCUGAACUCGCACACAACUUUGUUAUGAUCAACCUGGAGGACGAGGAGGAGCCAAAGGACGAAGCCUUCAGCCCCGACGGAGGAUACAUUCCUCGGAUUCUUUUCCUUGACCCCAGCGGCAAAGUCCAUCCUGAAAUCACCAACAAGAACGGGAAUCCAAACUACAAGUACUUCUACAGCAACGCAGAGCAAGUUGUGUCUGGUAUGAAGGAGGCGCAGGAGAAACUGACGGGCGACGCCUUCAAGCAGGGUCACACUCAAGACGAGCUGUGAGGAGGCAGAGACGGGCGUCAGGCUGUAAAGGGCUACACUUCCUCUACUCUGAGCCUGAGCUGCAGAGCGCCCUGUGACACCCCCGCCCCUCCCCCAACAACCCCCCAUUUUCACUAUUUAUAACUCAUACUUCACACACAGUGGGGUCCAUCUCACCAACCCAAAACCAAGCCAACCGUUAAACGGCAUCGGUGCUUGAGGAUUUCAUUUUCCUGUCAUCGUUUUGUUUUAAAACAUGUAUAUUUGUACUGUAGUUAAUUAAAUGCCAUACAUUAUACUGUAUUUAACUGUCUGUAGAGGAUAUAAACAACUCAAGCUAGCCAAGUUAACUGCAGUGUUUUAUGAUUAACUCUCACCCGCUGCUGCUGCUGGAUGGAGACUCCGCAUCUUCUUCAAAAUGCCAAGAGUUAAAUGCCUUGUCUGUCGCUCGAUGGCAGUGAAAUUUUUUUGUCUUCUUUUCAAACACGUUGUAGAAGGAUAGAAAGGGAGUUUUAAUGUUUUCAUCCAACAGCAACGAUACAGUAUGUUCAUAUUAGUCAAGAUAAAUAUUUGAACACCUACAGUGAUGUGCUUCCAAAGAUCCUCUUCAGUACGUUUAUUAUAUCUGUGACAAUAUUUCACCCUGCACCACUAGAUAGAUGAUUUCUACCAUCCAGACUUAAUAAUAACUCAUUCAUUCAUUUAAUCCUGCCAAUUUAUCUAUACUUCUUUACCUAUAUCUGCUUAACUGUUUUUUCUCUGUUCUGAGUUUGUUUUGCUGCUUGUGAAGAUUUUUUUUCUUUAAAAUGAGGGAUGGAAACAUUGGUUGUCUCGAUGUAUUUUAUACAUGUACACGGCCAAGUGUGCAAAUAAAGUUUGUUGUAUUGAGUA